CUGAUUCAUCCUCCUACUCAUCUGAUUUCAACCGGCAGGGCUGUUCUGUGCCUCCUGUUACUGUGGUUCUUUCAGCGGACAGAAAACGAAGCGAGAUACAACAAAAUAAAAAAUGCCACGGUCUUUUCCGGUAAAGAAGCACCUGAAUUAGAAAAAGCCAAAUUAUACCCGGAUGCGCAAAAAAAGAAACACUUUUCCAAAGACCUUUGAAAGCUCUCUAAUCGCUCACAUUUCAUAUGGUGAGUUCCCACCAAAUACUGCUGGCAUUGAAUCUAUGAAUGCCCAGGCGCGGAGCCCAUGUGUCUCCACAGGCUCAAAUCACAAGUGACAUGCAGGUCCAUUAUGCAGACCCAGCUAGAGCUGAUCAACCUGCUGACUCUUGGCAGCAUUUCAAAGUAGGCAGUGCUGCUCUCCGAGAUACUCUUAGCAAUCUGAACUGUACUCCUUUCCAAAUCUGCAGAAGUGGGAUGAGCUGUGCUACAGAACCGUUUAAAGAGAACUGUAGUCUCCCAGGGCCCAUCCCACCAUCGGAGCAUAGAGAUCUUCACAUCAGUGUCCAGGGCAAAUUUCAAUGCUUUGACUGCCAUAAGGCUUAUUACACGUUUUCUGGUCUGGCCAAACACCGACAGCUACAGUGUGAGUGGCAUUGUCGCAAGUAUUUCAACUGUAAGUAUUGCGACAAGGAGUAUGUCGGCCUGGGCGCACUGAAGAUGCACAUCCGCACACACACACUACCAUGUGUGUGUAAGCUCUGUGGUAAGGCCUUCUCUCAACCCUUGCAAGGACAUAUCCGCACCCACACAGGAGAGAAGCCCUUUUCUGGUCCUCGGGCAUUCGCAGAUUGCUCCAACCUGCAGACUCAUUUUGAUGAGAAGAAGUAUCAAUGUAAGAUUUGUGCAAAGACCUUCUCCAGGAUGUCUUUGCUCUCAAAGCAUUCUGUCCACUGUCCUGAUUCUGUCGCUGCACACCCCAUGUCCUAGGGAGUUGAGCUUUGUUCAUGCACUUUUGGGUUGGCUGGAUGGCAUCAGCUUACUGAGAACAAGAAUCCAAUCAGCUUUUGAAAAGGGCAGUAAUCUGAUGAGAAGAAUAUUGAAGGAAAUUGGUGAGCAUUUUAAAGGAAUAUAUUUGUUUUCACUAGACUUGCAUCCCUAGCACAUGUUUAAAGUGUUUCUUUGUGUGUGGAUGCAGAUUUUAUUUUAAUUCUGAAGCAAACAUUAAUUUCUAGAGGAAUUGUAAUUUAUUAGCUAUAGCAGGCUUGUUGUUUAAGGGAAAACUUGACAUUCUAGAUUUUAAUCAAUGGAACAAUUUUCCAUGCACAGUUUCCAGACAUUUCCUGAAAAGGAAAAAUGCUGAUACCAUCUCCAGCUCAUCCUCAGUGGUGAAAGUUAAACAUUUAGACUCUGAGUACUUAGAAAAAGCUACAUAAAAAUGAAGAUGCAAAACAACUCAAGAACAUGAAACAAAGCAGCAUUUCUCAACCUUAAAGUAUUUGCAACCCGAGUUUUCAUAACAGUUUUAAU